GCACGCUGUUCUUUCUUCUCCACAGCCUCCAGACGUGACCACACCCCCCAGACGCCAGUUCCGGCUCCCUCACCCGCCGUCGUCCGUCACCGCCAGUUCCGGCUUCAAGUUGCGGCUGCUGCUGUUCGUUCAUUACAACAUCGCACCCCAGUUCCGGCUGCUGCUCCCUCAUCCCCUGCUCGACCACUACCACACUAGGCGUUCAAUCGAUUCGAACUUAUUCAAGUUAAUUCUAAUAGUUAUUAUCUACCGAAGAUCUUCACAACGUAUUUGGGCAUCAUGAAUACUACUACAGUUGGAGCACAUCUCGAACUUUCUAAGUGCGCCAUUGGACCCUAUUGUCAGAAACCGAAUACUUCUUCUGUUUCUGCAAGCACGCGUUGCUUGUCUAGGAGACAUACGCCAUUGUCACUCAAUUUAAGGAAAAUAGAGACCAAGAAGUGUUCGACAAACAACUUUGCAUGUUUGGCUAGCGGCAAUCAUGGGGAAGGCCUUACGUAUAAAGAGGCUGGUGUUGACAUAGAUGCUGGCUCUGAGCUUGUAAGAAGAAUUGCAAAAAUGGCACCCGGGAUUGGAGGGUUUGGUGGAUUAUUUCCACUCGGUGAUUCGUAUCUUGUAGCUGGUACAGAUGGUGUAGGAACUAAACUUAAGCUUGCAUUUGAGACUGGGAUCCAUGAUACCAUUGGUAUUGAUCUGGUUGCAAUGAGUGUGAAUGACAUUAUUACUUCUGGGGCAAAACCUUUAUUCUUUCUUGAUUAUUAUGCUACAAGCCAUCUUGAUGUUGAUCUUGCUGAAAAGGUUAUAAAAGGAAUAGUUGAUGGUUGCCAACAAUCUGAUUGUGCUCUUCUUGGAGGAGAGACAGCAGAGAUGCCAGAUUUUUAUGCGAAUGGUGAAUAUGAUCUUAGUGGUUUUGCGGUUGGCAUUGUGAAAAAGGAAUCAGUUAUAAAUGGAAAAAACAUUUCGGUUGGAGAUGUUCUUAUUGGCCUGCCAUCCAGUGGAGUUCACUCAAACGGUUUCUCUCUUGUUAGAAGGGUUUUAGCUAGAAGCGGACUUUCAUUAGAGGACAAACUCCCUGGCGAAUCAGUUACAUUAGGCGAAGCUUUAAUGGCGCCGACUGUAAUUUAUGUUAAACAGGUACUUAGUAUUAUCAGCAAGGGAGGCAUAAAGGGAAUCGCCCACAUAACGGGUGGUGGUUUUACAGAUAAUAUCCCUCGUGUUUUUCCUCAAGGCCUCGGGGCCCGCAUUUACAACAACUCUUGGCCUGUUCUUCCUGUUUUCAAGUGGAUCCAAAAGGCUGGAAAUAUUGAAGAGGCUGAAAUGAAGCGUACGUUUAAUAUGGGAAUCGGGAUGGUUUUGGUUGCUAGCAAAGAGGCUGCCGAAAGGAUACUUAGUGAAGGCGAGACAGCAUAUCGAAUCGGUGAAGUCAUAAAUGGUGAUGGUGUAACUUACCAAUGAUAGUUUUAUUAACUCUUGUUGGUUUGACCGUUCCCUCACUUGAGGAUGCACAAGGUUUGCCAACAAAAAACUUGAGUUUGUUUAGCAUCCUACAAGAAAUGUUUUUUUUUGGGACUUUUUGUCACUUCAGAGUUUUACUUAAGUGGAUUUUAUUAGCUGCUUGACAUACUGAAUGUUAAGUUGUGUAAUUGAGUCAAGGGACUCUUGAGCUGCUUGAGAUUGACUGAGAUUUUUCUUUCUUUUUUGAAUCUGAUUAAGAAUUUUCUUUUUGAAA